GAACUACUAGUCGUUGGAAACCUACCAGUCUUUUUCUUUUCUACUCACAGAGGAGGAGCCAAGAAGGCAAGCGGAGAACCCUAGAGCUCCUGUCUCUUCCCUACACUCCUUGAAGAUCGGUUCUAUAACGCCCAAUUCAGCAUUUGCAUGGCUGUCUUCCUCGAUCCGUAGGUUCUUCCCCUUCCAAUGGAGACCCUCCGGUCCAAGGAUCGGUUGGUUGUCGAAGCCUUUGUCGAGUUCGAUCCCGCCAAGUCCCUCGGGCUGCCUCCCUCUGCCCCUCUCAAGAUCCGUGCGCUAUCCGUGUUCGACGCUUCCGAGUCGCAAACCCUUGUCUACAUCGGCACCGGUGGUGGUAAGAUCAUCUUGGUCUCCUCGGUUCCCCCUUCGACAUCGUUCGGCUCCGGCGUUGAUUCGGGUAAAGGUGCUGUGGAAUUUAUUCGAUCCGUGUCUGUCGGGUCUGGUAUCGUCGAAGCAAUUCGCGUUCUCUCUGAGAUCGGGUCGGUCCUUUUGCUCUCGGAGGGGUCGGUAUUCUUGGUGGAUUUGCUCUUGUUGCAACCUGUACGGAAAUUGGGCUUCUUGAAAGAUGUGACGGCUGUUGUGAGGAGUAGUUGGUCUUCUGAGGAGUCAAAAUCGGGGCCCUUGAGAGAUUGGCUUUCCAAAGCUGAAAUUUUGAGCCCAGGGCAGAAGCUUUUUCAGAAAUUAGGAAGCAGUAUCAGGGCAAAUGGCAUAGCUUCCAGGAUUUUGGAGCCUCAGAGAGGAGGUGAUAGCUGCUUUAUUGCGGCUGCUGCAGCAAAAAAAAUUGUUCUUAUGGAGCUCCUUGUACCUGGAAGCACUGAUGUCAAUUCCGACAUUAGCAAUGUUUCAGUACGUCUCAAGGAGGUUCCAGGCAUUGAUGAGGUUAAGACAAUGGCAUGGUUGGGGAACUCAAUCAUUCUUGGUAAUCUAGAGGGCUACACACUGUUCUCUACUACUGAUGGCAAUGUCACCCCUCUGUUUUCUCUUCCAGAAUCUUCAGGACCACCUCAGCUAAAAUCUUUAUUAGGAAACAAGGAGGCUCUUAUGUUGGUUGACAACGUUGGCGUGAUCGUUAACAAUUCUGGGCAACCAGUUGGUGGAAGUUUGAUUUUCCAAUAUAUACCUGACUCAAUAGGGGAGAUACCUUCCUAUAUUGUCAUUGCAAAUGAUGGUAGGAUGGAUUUGUUCAGGCGAAAAACUGGUGCAUGUGUGCAGUCAGUAUCAAAUGCCAAACCAGGUGCUGGACACUGUAUUGUGGCAAAUGAUGAUCAGGGCAGAGGAAGUAUGAUUGUGUUUGCAACACCUCAUAAGGUCAUUUGCUAUCGUAAAUUGCCAGCCGAAGAACAGAUUAAGAAUUUAUUGAGAAAGAAAAAAAUUAAUGAAGCUAUUUGUUUGGUGGAGGAGCUUGAAUCUGAAGGAGAAAUUACUAAGGAAUUGCUAUCGUUUGUGCAUGCCCAAUUAGGUUUCUUGUUGCUUUUUGACUUGCAUUUUGAGGAAGCAGUCAACCAUUUCUUGCUCUCAGAAACCAUGCAGCCUCCUGAAAUAUUCCCAUUCAUUAUGCGGGACCCAAAUCUCUGGUCACAUCUGGUACCAAGGAACCGGUAUUGGGGGUUGCAUCCUCCACCUGUACCUAUUGAGGAAGUAAUUGAUGAUGGACUAAUGUCUAUCCAGCGAGCUAUAUUUCUAAAGAAAGCUGGUCUAGACACAGCUGCUGAUGAGGAUUUUCUUUUAAAUCCACCCAGCAAACCUGAUCUCCUGGAGUCAGCAAUUAAAAAUAUUAUUAGGUAUCUAUGUAUUUCUCGGGAUAAGGAUUUAAUUCCUCAAGUGAGGGAAGGAGUUGAUACACUUCUGAUGUAUCUCUAUAGGGCACUCGAUCUUGUUGAUGAUAUGGAGAAGCUUGCUUCAUCCGAAAAUUAUUGUAUUGUGGAGGAGUUGGAAAUGUUGUUAGAUGACUCAAGGCAUUUAAGGACACUUGCAUUUUUGUAUGCUAGUAAAGGACUGUGUUCACAAGCUCUCAUUGUUUGGCGGAUCUUGGCCAAAAAUUAUUCUACUGGAUUGUGGAAAGAUCAUGCUAGUUUGGUGGAGAAUGAAUCCCUAGAUUCUUCUGUGGAUUCAAGUGCUGGUUCAGUGAUUGCUGCAACUGAAGCUUCAAAGAUACUUCAAGAAUCAUCUGAUGAAGAUCUCAUAUUGGAACAUCUUGAAUGGAUUGCAGAUAUUGAUCAGGAGCUUGCAAUUGUAGUUUUAACAUCAGAGAAAAGGGUCAAUCAGCUUUUGCCUGAAAACGUUCUUGCUUCGAUUGAUCCAAGAAAGGUUGAGAUCCAUCAAAGAUAUCUGCAAUGGUUGAUUGAAGACCAAGACUGUGACGACACUCGAUAUCAUACUCUGUAUGCUCUUUCUUUAGCCAGAACUGCAAUUGAAACAAUUGAAAUUGGUCUCGAGAAAAAAGGAAAUGAUUCUAGAGACCAAGAGGAGAAUAUCUCAAGCUCCCAACUUGUAGAGUACUACAAAUAUUCUGUGCGAGAUAGGUUGCAGUUGUUUUUACAGGCUUCGGACUUGUACGACCCAGAAGAAAUACUUGCUGUGAUAGAAGGAUCAGAAUUAUGGCUAGAAAAGGCAAUCCUGUACAGGAAGAUGGGAGAAGAGACUAUGGUUUUACAGAUUCUGGCCUUAAAGCUGGAAGACAGUGAAGCUGCUGAGCAAUAUUGUCUAGAAAUUGGUAGAAAUGAUGCCUAUAUGCAGUUGUUGGAUCUGUAUUUGAAUCCUGAAGAUGGAAAAGAGCCUAUGUUCAAAGCUGCAGUUCGUCUCCUUCAUAAUCGUGGCGUAUCACUUGACCCCUUGCAGGUGUUAGAGAAAUUGUCACCUCAGAUGCCUUUGCAUCUUGCAUCAGAUACAAUAUUGCGAAUGUUAAGAGCUCGGGUGCACCAUCAUUGCCAAGGUCAGAUUAUUCAUAAUAUCUCCCAUGCGGUAAAUCUAGAUGCACGACUUGCAAAAUUUGAAGAGAGAUCAAGGCAUGUUCAGAUAAAUGAUGAGAGUACCUGUGAUUCUUGCCGUUCGCGGUUGGGCACAAAGCUGUUUGCAAUGUACCCAGAUGAUUCAGUUGUCUGCUACAAGUGCUAUCGCCGCCAGGGGGAGUCUACAUCAGCUCGUGGUCGCAAUUUCAAGCAAGAUGCUUUUUUCAAACCAGGGUGGCUUGUAAGCAGAUGACUAAUGUUUAUGUAAGCGAUGGCUUUUGCUACAGCAUCUUGUUAUUUACAAUGUGUAGAUUACAUCUUAUGUGAAGUAGCUUUUUAAGGAAGGAAUAUCGAAUGAGUCAUCGUUGGCAUCGUCUCCAUCUAGUUCUCGCUGCAACUCUGGAUAUCUCACUGAAAAGCUAACCAUAUUUUUUGCUGGAUAAAUCAGAGUGAUUUACACGAUGUGGAGUUUCUUUUUACAGAAACACGGGUUUCAGUCUUUCUCAGAAGUGACGCAUUUGAUAGUUGCAAGAGUUACAUACGAAACCAUGGAAGGGAAGUUGAUCGAGUUUUGCCCAUAUGUAGCAGCUGAUUUACUAUGGCACAAGCUAUGCAGAGAAUUUUCCGUUCGAGUCCUGUAAACUGGAUUUAAUUUUAAAUGUAUUUAUUGAACUAAAUUUUAGCAGAAUAAUUCAGACUACAUCUCCUCCA